AUGGCUAGGAAGGGAAGUCGCAAGGUGCGGACUGGGUGCUUGACUUGCAAGAUACGCAAGAUCAAGUGUGACGAGGGCAAGCCUUUCUGCAACCGCUGUAGCAGCACAGGUCGAAAGUGCGACGGAUAUGCGGUUGAACCGGCAUCGGUGCUUCGAUGGCAACGACCUCAAACACUCCAGAUCGACUCGUCAACCAACGGUGAAGAAGCCAGGGCCUUACAGUACUACUGCGAACAUGUCGCACCCUUUAUCGCCGGCCCAACCGACCCUUAUUUCUGGACCCAUCUGGUCGUGCAGUUUGUGAACCGCGAGCCGGCCGUUAAGCACUCGGUUAUCGCCAUCGGCUUGUUAUACGGCAACAUGGAUGGCGGCACUAAUACCCACCUAGACGGCGUGGCACUGAGCCACUACAACGCCGCAAUUUUUGAACUGAAAUCGCUACAAAACGACAACAACGGGCUAGUCUUGGUGCUGUCCCACAUCUGGACCGACAUGGCCUUUUCAGCAAACGAGGCGGGUUUUGACCAGCAUUUGGAACGAUUCCGUCAGAUCACCGAGCAAACCACCAAGUUUGCUGAGUCGCAAGUCAACUGCCAACCGACGCAUUUUUUGUUUGAAGCAGGAUACACGCCCUCAUUAUUCUUCAUCGCAACGAAAUGCCGCGCGCUAGAUGUCCGCCUUGAGGCUCUUCGACUACUAUCGACACUUGGAUCACCUCGAGAAGCGGUGUGGGAUAAGGGCGAGCUAUUUUGUAUCGCCCGACGGCUCAUUGAACUUGAACACAACGUGGGCCUGGACUCAUUUGGCGUGCUUCAGUACACGGGACCGGAAUCAUGUCUUGGGCUCCCACGUGACGAAGUGAGAAUCAGGCAUUUUGUCCCGGAGAAGAGCACGCUCUGGGACUCCUCUAUCAAUGGAGUGGAUAUGGGCGGCAACUUCAAAGUGAGAUUCUUCAUGAGAACACCCGAGGACGCCUUAUAUGUUCACGAAGAGGUCCUCGGAUGUGAAUACGUUCCGGACUUGUCGCCUUUUGAAGGACAACAUGAGUCCUUUUCAAGCAGCCCACAGAGCAUACAAGGGUGGGAAGAGAUUCCUAUCUUUUGA